AUGUCUACUCUAAAAUAUACCGGACGACUCUCUACAAUUGAAGUCGGUCAACUCAUUUCAAUCACUGGAAAAGUCAUUAGCAAUCCACAACGAUUUGAUUUUGAAUUGACAGCUGGAAAUGGGACUGGAACUGACUCUGGAGACAUUCAUCUUCAUAUUUCAGCGAGAUUUCAAGGAACAGAGCCUGUUGUUGUCAGAAAUACUCAUAAGAAAGGUGCUGGAUGGGAAAAGGAGGAACGACAAGAGAAUUUGUUCCCACAUAAUAGUUUAAAUCCAUUUAAACGUGGCGGUGACUUUAAAAUUGACAUUUUUAUUGAUCAAGCUGCAUUUUUCAUCACAAUUGAUGGAAAGCCAUACUGUACAUUUACUCAUCGACUGCCAGUUCACACCAUUCAAGUUAUAAACAUCGCCAGAGAUAUUGAAGCUGUUUAUCAAGUCAAUCAAACAAGUGCACAGGUCAGACCAUGGCCAGUUGUGAAUCCAAAUACUUUUGAAGCUUUUAUUCCUCGACAAUUUAACUCUGGCAAUGUGAUUGUUAUUACUGCUGUGCCUAGAGGAAAUCCAGUUGGUGACUUUUCAGUCAAUUUUUAUGAUGGAUCAAAUCGAUUCCGUACGCAUUUUCAUUUCCGUGUAUAUUUAAGUAAUCGAGCUAUUUUUGUGAACUCUCAAAAUGAAAAUGGUUCAUGGCGUACAGGAACAACAGUCUUUCCACAACCUUAUCCAUUCAAUGUCAAUCAAAACUUCAAACUAGCAAUCGCAAUCACAAAUAAUGAAUUUCAAGUCGCUUCAAAUGGUUUAAGAAUUGUGUCGAUGCCAUUUAUGGAUCACAUACAAAGACUUCUUGGCAGCAUGACUGGAAUUGAGGUGCUUUCGGACAAUGGUGUUAAUGUUGAGUUUCAGAGCGUUGAUUUUAUGAAGAUGGACCAAACUUGCAGCGGAUUUGAGAAUUUUUCAAAAAUAUAAAUUGGAUUUAUUGGGUGAUUUUUGGGGUGCACCUGAUUGUUGGGUUGUUGAUGGGGUUUUGUGAAAAAAUUGAGAAGGUUGUGAAAUAUAUUUUGACAAUUAUUUGAUGUGACCAAUCUUAAUAAACCAACUUUAAUGAGCUAAUUAUUGACAUAAACACUUGUUAAUCAAUUAAAAACAAUUGUUAUCGGUUCCAUGUCCUUAUCGAAUUUGAUGCAUUUCCAAAAAUUCUUUAAUUAUCUUUGUUUUGGUGAAUUUUUCUUAUCUUAUCUUUUUGGCAUGACUUUAAAUUGUUGAGUAAUAUUUAUUGAUUAAUCUGAAUGAAGGUGUUUCAUUUGAAGUCUUCAAAUGAUUAGAUGAUUCAUAGCUAGUAUGGCCUUUGAGCUCUGGCUACAUCCCUGCAUAUAGCAGUGA